AAGUGGUGGCGUAUUUGACUUUCCGGAGAAACCUAGGGGUAUGUUGAGAAAUCAGCAUCGCUGCCCGGCGGUCACGUGCAAAUAAUUAUCGGUCCCUGAAGGCCUGGGUUCGGGCAGCAAAACACGCCGUCCAUUUUUACUGUCCCCGCCGUAACUCGUUCGCAGCUUCUGCAAUAAAUAUUUUCAGCAUUAUCCCGUUGCUGCUUCCCGAUUCACUUCAACCCAUUUUCGCUUUGGUGCCUGUAAUUCCUAAUGUCGGACGCAGCUCUCAGAGAUGUCAAUAAAAUACCCGAGUCUGAAAGGAUGAAUGGAAGCUCUAAUAAUGGGAACUUAGCUAAACCACAUGUCGAGAGCAUGAAUGAAAAUGUUGAAGAAAAGCAGAAGAAAGGGAUAUACACCUUGGUUGACCUUCCUACAGAGAGAGAUGGGACAGAAAAUUCUGGAGUAGAGGUGGCAAAUUCAGAAGUUGAGUACAUUGAAUCUGAAAAUUUGAAGGAUGUAGAAGAUGUGGAAAAUUGUCUGAAGACACUCUUAUCAGGCCUAGGCUCCAAAAACUGGGUUUCAGUGUGUGAUUCACUGAACAAUGUCCGCAGAUUGUCUAUAUAUCACAAGGAAGCCAUUAUUGACAUGCUGAAUGACUUGAUUUCCUUAAUUGUGAAAUCCCUAAAGAAUCCAAGAAGCGCUCUUUGUAAAACAGCAAUUAUGACUUCAGCUGACAUUUUCAGAGCAUAUAGUGAUGACAUCAUUGAUUCUCUAGAUCCACUGCUGGUACAACUUCUGCUCAAAUCUUCACAAGACAAGAAAUUUGUAUGUGAGGCAGCUGAAAGUGCUUUAGUAGCCCUGACAAGCUCAGUUUCUCCUCUUUUAUUGUUGCCCAAAUUGCAACCUUACAUCAAGAACAGGAAUCCUCGAAUUCGGGCGAAAGCAUCUAUGUGCAUCUCUCGAAGUGUGGCACGGCUGGGAGUUGAUGGAAUUGAAGCUUUCGGUAUUGAUAAACUGGUCCAAAUCGGUGCAUCCCAGCUCAGUGACCAGCUUCCCGAGUCUAGGGAUGCAGCUCGUACUCUAUUGUUGGAGUUGCAAUCCGUUUAUGAAAAAUCACAUGUCCCAGAGCCAACUGCCACAUCAGAAGAACCUGUUGUAGCUUCUUGGGAAAAUUUCUGCCAAUCGAGGCUCUCACCUCUGAGUGCUCAAGCCGUCCUUCGUGUGACCAAUAUAGCUCGAGAGGGACUCAUUUUGGGUUCAUAGCAUAAGCACUAGCUUCUUACAUGGGCUUUAGUGAGUGAUAUUCCAUCUUCACCUCCUUUCUCUUGGACCCCCAAUUUUAUACUUGUAUAUACCAUGAAAGUGUGAGAUGCUCACAAAGGCGAUUGAUGCAGAUAGUUGAACUAUAGAUCGGAUGAGGAGUGACAAUUUGUUUUAAGUAUGGCCGAAUUUAAUAUGAAUGAUAUCUUCUUUAUUA